AUGUGGCUCUGUUCCACGCCGGGCCCAACCGAGCACAGCCUUGUACACCAAUCUCCGCGUGCUUUAAUUCAGGAGAUGCCCGUGAUUCGUAUGACUCCAAUCGAACGUCAUAAACUGAAGCUAACAGGCACUGUGGAAGUCCCCAUCUAUGUGACAAGCUCAAGACGCAAUUCCAUGGGUGAAGGCUAUGUAACGAGUCUCCACCUACCUUCAAAUCAGCAUAACUCCUUCUGGAUACUUGAAGGUGUCUGCCUAAUCCUCAACACCGAUUAA